UUCAGGAUGCCAUAUGGGGAACAGGGCAGUUUUGUUGUCAUUCCCCUUUUACAUCAAAAAUAACUUUUAAUUCCCCCCCCCCCCCCCCCCCAACCCUCAGUGUAUUUCAUAGUGAGCUUCAUUAAGACACAUGAAGUGGAGGUGGUGCCAGGUGUGUGGGUGGAAGGAGAGGUCUGUAAAUGGCCAAACUACAAACCCGAUGCCAUGUUGAAGGCCAUCAAGAACUGUGAGAUGCCUAAGGAGACCUGGACAAGUUAUGACAUCAGGGUUCUUUACAAAGCAAAUAGCUUUAGUGAGGCAAGGUUGAAACUUCGCCAGGCAGAAGAUGACACAGACCUCCAGUCAGAAGCAGAGGAGGGGAGGCCAAAAAAAAGAAAAACCAAACCAAACCAGCGCUUCCUCUCGAGUCAGGAGGAGUCUGAUGAGGAGCCUGUGAAGCGCAAACCAGUCCUCCCUAAGGUGCCAUCCAUUCCACCUCUUCCGUCACUGUUGCGUAAUGCCAUUUCAUCAUCAGAUGAAAUAUCUCCGCCAGCUAGUCAACUUGCCUCUCUGCAGCCGUUUCACGCCCUUGGACCUCCUGAGCCAUCCUACCAUCUUCCCUCUCAAUCGUCUCGCCACCAUGGAACUCCUGAGCCAUCCUACCGUCUUCUCUCUCAAUCGUCUCGCCACCAUGGAACUCCUGAGCCAUCCUACCAUCUUCCCUCUCAAUCGUCUCGCCACCAUGGAACUCCUGAGCCAUCCUACCAUCUUCUCUCUCAAUCGUCUUGCCACCAUGGAACUCCUGAGCCAUUCCCUCUUGCCCCUCAUGCUGCUUCUGAGAUGGACCUGCAGUCUGCUGGCCGUUUUUAA